AUGCGCUGCGCACUCCGGCUCGCACUUCUCCCCGCACUAGUCGGUGCACCUGCCUUCGCAUUCUCUCUCUGGCCCUUCUCUACAAGCCGCUUCACCAAGAAUGAGCUCAUCCAAGCUGGAGACCUUGGCAUAGGAGACCAACGCAUCAUUGCCUUCGGGGACUUCAAUGGCGACCAAUAUCUGGACGCCCUAACACUCGAUAACGACCAACAAACGCUCUCUGUUUACCUCUGGAAUCAUGACAACUUCGCGUACAAACGCGCAUCCUCUACGCGCCAUCCCGCUCCAGUCGUAAACGCAGUUCCGGGAGACUUCACCCAUGACGGCACGCUCGAUGUUCUCGUCAUGUCUACCUCUUCCAAGUCUGGAAAGCUCGAUAUGGCGCUUUACCUAGGAAAGCACGAUGGCUCGUUCGAAAAGAACACCUUGUCAAUAUCUUCAUCGACCGAUUCGCAACCUAUACCGGCGGACAUAGACGGCGACCUCAAGAUCGAUCUUCUCGGCGUGCCGUACAGCCAGUGGUCGACGAGUUCCCUGACGAUGUGGCAGAAUGUCUGGAAUGCAUCACAAAGCAAUCCCACCCUCUUCAACCUAGCGGAUCCGAAAUUCAACGGAACACCAUGCACUCCAGCAAAUCCUCAUAGUAACGCGGUGAUUGACUUCGACGGCGACUGCCUCGCGGAUCUUUUCCUGCUUUGCGACGAUGGCGGUGGACAGAGGUCUUUCGAGAUUUGGCUGAACAAGAAGGAAGCAGGCUUUACACUAGCACAACGCGCGUCCCUUCCUUCCGGCGUGCAGAGCGUCUCGUUUGCCGAUAUGGACCGUGACGGGACGACAGACAUGGUGUUCGUUACCUGCUCCUCCGUCUCGCAGAGCACGGGUGUCGGAUCCGGAUGCUCGCUCCAUGUCGCCUACAACGUUCAGCUUCCGCUCUGCGAAUCUACGACGACUCCCGCCUUCAACAAGGACGGACAGCGCGUAUGUCGGCAGCCCGAGAACCUGUGCGUCUCAGAUCCAAACUUUCAUAUUAGCCUUGAAGAAGGCGGCAACUCUUAUACUCGCGUUCCAUUCUCGUCUUUCAUCCCCGGCACCACUGGUCCAGUCGUACUCGACACGACGUUCUCGCCGUCGCUUCCCCUCCCUGUUCGCAUCGGCGAUGCGAACCUCGACGGUUACCCUGAUCUCGCCUUCAUCUUCGCGACCACGGACAAUGCGCACACGCCCGCGCUUCUCUUUUCCGAAGACUGUAGUCACAAUGCCGCUGGUUGUUCAAACAAGAAUGGAAAGCGAGGAUGGAGAAGAGUGACAAAGGGCGCAGACGCACUCGGGAGGAUACGAGACGCCAAAGGAGUGGCAUUCUUGGAUGUCGACGAAGAUGGGAGUCUCGACCUGCUCGUGCAGCGAACGGGUGCACAGGGAGAAGGCUCGUUGUCGUUCAUUCAGAACAACUUCUACUAUGACGCCUUCUUCCUCAAGGCUAUCGUUCUGAACGGCGCUUGCGACAACGGGUGGUGCACGGACGCCAGCGGCUCGAGCUACUCGCCGUUCGGGGUUAGCUACUCCGGAGCAACGUACAAAUACGCAGUUCUCGACACCCAGGGCAAGCGUUCAGCCGCCCUCGUCGGGCAACUGCCUCAAAUGACGUACCACUCGCUGGGGACGCCUUACGCGUUUGUCGGGCUCGGACGGACUAACAAUUAUAUCGAGCGCCUGUUCGCGGGCUCGACGCGCCACGCUCGAGAGCACGCGACGGUGCUCGAAGGGGUGAUACCGAACUCACGCGUCGUCUUAUCUCCUCCGCCGCCUUCGAGUGAAAGCAUUCAUUGGAAGAAGGAGCUGUUCCUCCGGCCCGGUGAGUGGAUCCCAUGGGUCACAGUGGUUGUUAUUGCGGCCACAGGGGUCCUGGCAGCGAUUGUUGGGGUUCUUCACAUGAGUGAGAAGAGAGCGGAUGAAUUGGAGAGGAGGAGAACCUCACAUAGCAUCAAUUUUGAUGCACUCUGAUUGGAAUCUGUUAUAAAUUUCACUUGAAUCAACGGAGUUACUAGAUGG